UAGAGAUAAGGCCACUGCCUGUGAACAUUGCACUAAGCGUCAACUCUCCUGUACGCUCGACUUGGAUGGAGAUAUGCGGCGAAAAUCGGCCUAUAAAAAGAGAACUAAAGAAUUGACAGAGGAACGGGAUAUUUUACUCCAGCUAUUUCAAACGCUACAGGACAGUUCAGACGCUAGUAGCACGCCGUCGUUGAAAUUGAUCCGAAGCAAAUCAAGUCUCAGCGAUAUACACCUUUAUUUGGGUACUAAACACCAACAACAGAGGUCCAAAUCUGCCGACACUGUCGAUUCUCCUCGGAUGUCGACGGAGACCAAUAGACAUACGCUGUCGCACCGAGUCCCUAGCAUACAGCAGCUUUUGGAUAUGCCAACACAUUGCAUCCCUGCUUACUCUUGAAUCUCAGCAGUGUGAAAUGACAAUAGGAUUUCUUACCUGAUAUUAUCAUAAUUAUCGUGGACUUAUCGGUGCUAUAAUUAGAAUUCACCGCGAGCUGCUCCUGCUGAAUGUCCUUUGGGCCAGCAACUUAAUUCUGCUUUUUAUGGAUAUUUGUGCCAUUCUUGUAAUCAGCUGUACUAAUCCUAUGCUGAAAGCUAAU